AUGGGGUUUCGUAGCGGCUUUGUAAUCUCGAGCACAUCGUUCCUGUUCGGCGUGAUCUUCGUCGCCUCAAUCUACGACUUCCCCCUCCUCUACUUCUCCGAGCUCACGGACACUGCCGUCGAUGCUGCUGAACGUUUCUACCUCUCCCUCUUCAACGCCCCUCUUGCCGUCUCUGCCCUCAUGCACGGUAUGAUGGGACUUGGCAUCAUCGGUCUUGUCGCUAAACUUCACCGAUGGAACGAACUCGCCAAGUACUUUGACGGUGGAUCCCUCGUUCUCUUCAUGGGUGCUGUUUGCAUGUACCUUGGUGUCUCGGUCCCCAACCUCCGUCUCAUUUCUGAUCCUACCAACGUUAAGCUUUUGCUCUCUUCAGCCAUUCAGACUCAGCGUCAGUCGCAAUUGGAAGCUUUCGAGAAAGGAGAGUCGGACUUCAAGCCCACGGAUGGACCCAUGACUCAAGACGAGAAGGUCGCCGCCAUUAGGAUCAUCAGCGCUAGCAACACUAUCUGCGCUGUUUUAUUGCUGGGUGUGCUUGUCCUGCAGGUCAGCGAAUGGUAUUUGUCUAGACAGGACGCAAUUGAGGCCGAGAAGAGGAGGAGGAAGCAGGCUAAGGAACUUGCUGAGGCUAAAAAGGACAAGUGA